AAUAUACCAUUUACUGACUGCAGAUUAGCUAACAAUGUAGCACACACACUUGUGUGCAAAGAAGGUAUCUUUCAGAGAAAAUCUGCCCUAACUAGGUAACUAAUAAACAUUGGCAACAUUGUUUCACAUCAAUUCACACGUAGAAAAGUCUGUACUAUUUGACUACGUUUCAUUUUAAUGUCAUGCGAUAACAAAUAUUUAGCGGUGACUUUUAGUUCAUGGUUUACUAUUUACAAUGUGUCCCUCCAUUGAUGUGUGACGUCAGACAACCGCUUCUCGUGAAGUCGCGGUAGAUGGAUAUGUUCACAAGUCCUAUUUUGAGUGAAAUGCUAUUGCACUUCUCCUUUCUGGAGCAGCACAUGGCUGCCGAUCAUUCCUCUCUGUGGGCGGUGAUGAAAUGAUUGUGAUUGGUGUAAGCAAAGAAUCAGGCACAUAUUCUCAUUGGCUAAGGCCAGAGCUGGGUACCUUUUACUUUGCCCGUGUAGAAUCAAAUCAUAUAUUACAUGUUUCAUAAGGUUUAACGAGCUGAAAUAUUCGUUCCGUCUGAAAGAACUUUUGACUUUGAGCUGCAUGAGGGUGGGAGGGAGCUGAGCAGUUUUGUCGAAUAGAAGCGUGAAGGCAGUUUCUUUUCUGCAAGACGUAACGUUACAGUGACUGCUGGCUAGUAAGCUUGUUAGCUUGCACGCUAACUUUUCUUAAGCAAAAGUGGCUAGUUCACACUUGUGGAGUUAAUUUAAAUGGUAUAGCGUUAACGUGAGCUAGCUAGGAACACAUCUAAUCAUAGCUGAUGUGCUAUUAAUCUCGGGGUUGAACAAAUCUGGGUAACGUUAGGUUUAAUCUGAUAACUCGUGGCUUGAUAGCGCUACAUUAUAUAGCUAGCCAUAGCUUGUUUGAAAGCAAGCCAGACUUGUUUAAUAAUUUUUCUUAAAAAAAAAAACUCAGCUGGCGAGUCGCUGGUAUUCAGCUCUCCUAAAGUUUUAAGGAUCUAUGUUCAACAGUCAUCAGGUAUAGGUCAUUAGCUGGCAAGCUAAUAUAGUGAUACGCUUUAUCGAACUGAAUAAAUCAUCAUCGUUGGCGUAUAACGUAAAGUGCAGCUGUCGUCGAGAUAGCUACAUUUGCGUCCAUUUCACAGACGAUAAUAGUAUGGCAGGUUGCACUACUAAGACGGUGCACGAUAUUUUUCAGUCGAUGGAGUACGGACCAGCUAGUUCCAGCACAGCGACUGCACAGUCCUGGCUAGAGAGUCACUCUCGUUCUCUCGGUCUCUUUUUGGACGGGACAUUUGUCUGUCCGUCCGACAGACAGACCAGCACUGUAAACGAUGCUUCAGGGCAGGGGCUGUGCACCACUGUGUGUGCGGCGGAGGAAGAUAUUGCCCUUGCCGCCGCCUCCGCGGUCAGCGGAGCCAAAGCCUGGAGCGGACUGAGCUGCCACCAGAGAGCCAGGGUUUUCCACAGGUGUGUUGGUGUCCUGCAGAGACAGGCCCAGUGCCUGACGGAGAUGUGUGAGUUGGCUCAGGCUCCCAGUGCUGCAUCUGCGGUGGUGCGACUGCUUCAGUACUACGCCGGAUGGGCUCAGCUCCGAGACACUCUGGUUCCCCACUGGACCCCCCGAGGUGUUGUGGCUGUGGCUGUGGCAGAUGACUGCUCCCUGUAUGCCCUCUUGCUGAAAGUCUUACCAGCAUUAGCAGUGGGAAACUCGGUCAUCGUAGCACCUGGGUCUGGGACAGCCCUUCCUGCGCUUCUGACUGCCAGCAUUCUGGGGGAGGCCGGGCUUCCUGCCGGGGCCCUGAACGUCCUCACUGGGAAAGACCUGAGCCUGGGGAUCAGAGUGGCUCAGAGUCCCAGUGUCAGCUGGGUCACUUACACUGGGAAUAAACAGGAUGGUGAGAUUCUGGGCAGGGAGACUGCAGGGUGGGGCGUCCCCCUUUCUCUCUCUCUGUCCACCAGUGCCAUCUGUCCAUUCAUCAUUUUUGAUUCCGCUGAUAUUGACAGCGCAGUGGAUGGUGUGAUAGAGGCAGCCUUUAAAAAGAAAAAAGAUUGGCAGUGGAUACUGUGUGUGCAGGAGUCAGUCUGGGACCGUGUCCAUGCACGGCUGAAGAUUCGAAUGGCAGGAAUGAAGUGCCUUCCUCUCUUGGCUGAAUCUGAUCGACCCAUUGUGGAUGCUGCAGUGCAUGAGGCUCAACAGCAGGGGGCGACUGUGAUCCAGGCUUGCCCCGCGCCCUCUGCCCCCUCGCUGUUCCCGCCCACUGUGCUGUGGGGCGUUGCCCCCUCAUGCCCCUGUGUGGUGGAGCCCCCUGCUGGCCCUCUCCUACCCUCCCUCUCCUUCAGAACCACUGCAGAAGGGCUCACCAUCGCGAACCACAGCCCCCACGGGCAGGCAGCCUCCGUCUGGACUGAGGACCUGACGCUGAGUCUCGAGUGUGCCAAGAGUCUGUCUGUCGGCACGGUGUGGGUGAACUCUCACUCCGUCUUCGACCCAUCUCUGUGUCUCUCUGGCGUGAAGCAGAGCGGGACCUGCGUCGUCGGAGGUCCACAGGGUCUGUUUCAGUUCCUCCGUCCUGCUCUCUCUCCUUCCCUGCCUCGCUCCUCUCCUCUGCCCGUUGACUACGUCAAAUUCGGGACUGCCGCAUCCCGACCCCUGCUUCGCGGUGCAGCCGAGUCCACCGACCCCGCCCUCGUGCCACGCUCCUACCUUCACUUCGUGGGAGGCCGGCCCUGUAAGGCGGACUCCGGCUGCAGUGUGGCAGUCCUGGCACCGGGGGGCGCCGUGACGGCGUACUGCCCUGACGGGGGGCGCAAAGACGUCCGCAACGCGGUGGAGGCGGCCCUGAAAUCCCAGCCAGGCUGGAGGAGGAGGAGUGCGGUCUCCCGGUCUCAGUCGCUCUACACCCUCGCCGAAGGCCUGGAGCUGAGGAGGCGGGACAUGGCCGUGUCACUCCAGGCUCAGACCUGCAUUCUAUUGGAGGAGGCGGAAAUGGAGGUGGAGCUCAGCAUUUCUCGGCUCUGCGAUUGGGCUGCCCACUGCGACAAAGAAGUGGGUGGGGUGCAGUCUCUCCCCCAGUCUGGCUCCGCCCUCUCCUUAUCAGAGCCAAUAGGAGUGGUGGGCGUGGUCCUCCCAGACAGGAGUCCCCUCCUCUCUCUGGUUUCUCUGCUUGGGGCUGCCCUGGCUGCCGGCAAUGCUGUGGUCAUGAUAGCCAGUGAGAAGUAUCCUCUUCCUGCCUUAGAGUUUAUUCAGGUACUGCAGUCCUCCGCCAUCCCAGAGGGCGUGGUCAGCAUCAUAACAGGCGGUAAAGACCAGCUGACCCGGGCACUGGCCAAUCACAGUGUUGUACAGGCCAUCUGGUACUGGGGCAGUCAAGAGGGCUGCCAGUUCCUGCAGUACACAUGCUGUAACCCCCUGAAGAGCCUGUGGCUUCACCCCGAGGAAGAGGGGGAUGAGGGCGGAAAGAAUGGAGGAUGGGACUGGGCACUCCCUCAUCCCUCUCUCAUGGAGGAGAUGUGGAGGCAGGCCACUCACUGGAAGAGUGUGUGGAUACCCACUGCCUAGGGAGAAGGGGCAUGGCCACGUUGAGUGACAGCACUUAGGGACGGGGAUGGGGGGGAUG